AUGUUUGAGAGAUUGGGGAUACUAUGUGCUCAUGCUUUGAAGGUCCUUGAUGUCAUGAACAUUAAAUUGAUACCCGAGAAAUAUAUUUUGAAACGUUGGACUAGAGAAGGUAGGAGUGGGGUCGUGCAAGAUAGAUGUGGGAGGACUGUUCUUGAGGACCCUCGGUUGGAAGCUACUCUUAGAUAUAGAGCUUUAUGCAGGAAAUUUUUAAAAGUUGCAUGUCAAGCAUAUAACUUUGUAGAAGUAUCCUCAUUGGUCGAUAAUGGCUUGGAUAAUAUUACUGUUGAGGUUAACAAGAAAUUGUCAAGCAUGAAAGCAGAGCAAAGCUAUCGGGUUGCUUCCAUUGUUCCUGAUUUGAAUGCACAAGUUCAGCCAAGUAGUGUAGAAGACUACAUUUCUAGCAAGGCUACUUUGAAGAAAAAAGAAUCGAAAAAGGCUAGAAAAAGAAGAAAAAGUUGGACCGAGAAAUUUCAUGAUAAGAAUGUCAAAACUCAACCAUCUAAAACAAGUGAGACCAAGCGUAGCAAGAACAAUGCACCAUCACGUGAACAAAGUAAAGAAAAACAGCCACCAAAGCAUCCGGAGUCUGAAAUGCGUAAUCUUGGGACUUAUUCAAGAGCUGUUGACAAACUUUCUUUUUAG